AGUCGUGUUGGUAUCAUUCCAGUUCGACUCGCGAUUUAGUUCAAAGGAACCGAUUCGGUGAUUCGUCUUCACGAAUCAAACAUCACUAAAAGAACAAACAGUCCGUGCGUUAGACCGGUGAGCUGAAUGAAAUGAGCAGAUCAGGUUUCUGACCCCUCCAUGGAAGAGGCCAGCGAUGAGGGGCUUUUACUCAAAGCUGGAUACCUCAUCUUUGGGCAUGUCGGUGCCUCUGAACCUGGCCGUGGAGACUGAGAAAGCUCAGGCCCUGCUCCAGACCUUCAGCACUGCCUCUCUGUUAGCCAGCGCAGGCCUGGGCGCUUUCUCCUUCCUCGUCGACCACUUUCUGACGCUCCCCUUCAUCCAACACCAUCUGUGGCUCAGGGCUGUCCUUGAUAACGCCGUCCAUGGCAUCAUCGGACUCUGGUCCUGGGCCAUCGUGAUUGGGUUGAGGAAGAAAAGUGACUUGUAUGAAGUCGUCUUGGCUGGGUUUCUGGCCUCUAUCAUUGACCUGGACCACUUCUACAUGGCUGGAUCGUUGUCGCUCAAAGCUGCUGUGAAUCUGCCGCACAGGCCUCCUCUGCACUGCUCCAGCCUGAUCCCAGCGCUGUGCGUGUCGCUGCGCCUCCUCAUGUGGGCCUGUCGGCUCAAGGACUCCUGGUGUUCCCUGCCCUGGAUGCUGUUCAUCUCGCUGACGUCACACCACAUCCGCGACGGCGUCCGCCACGGCCUCUGGGUGUUUCCGUUCGGCAACACGGCGCCCAUCUCCUAUUGGCUGUACGUCACCAUCACAGCCACCCUCCCUCACCUGUGCUCUGUGCUCAUGUAUCUGACCGGCACGAGAGACAUGAUCUCCACCAAACACGGAGUCGCCAUAGACGUCUGACACACUGUCUUAAUUGUGGAUGUUUGUUCGUUUAUGUUUCCCAGCACAAACAUGGCACUGGAAAUAUUUCCAUCAGCUCUUCUCUCUGCAUCUUCGCCAUUCCAGCACUAUUUGUCCUUUUUCCUUCAGAGAUUUCCAGUCUGUUUGAUACUUUUAACUACUGUAGUUGUUCAGGUAUCAGUGUGAAAUCAGGUUGCAUUGACUGAAGACUGUGAAUAUUUUAAUAUGUGAGGUUUAGCGUUGGGCGAAGUUAAAUUCUAGAUCUAUUUUGCAGCAUUUUUAGUACAAUAUUUCCUAUAAAAAAUCGAUCUCAGAGCAAAUAGAGAAGUGACAUUAAGAAAUUUUGCAUGUUUUUGACCAAUUAAUUCAAUAAUUUCAUGUGUAUCUAUAUAUACACACAGUAGUCAACAUUUGAAGUGGAUCAAAGCCUUUCACCAAAGUUAUACAUGAAUUUUGAACAAUACCCGUUCUUGUCUUAGGAGAACUUUUUUGAUCCACUUCAAAUGUUUGCUAC